UCUCAAUAAGAUAUGAACGCAUUAUAGAAAGGCAAGAAAAUUGCAAGUGAACAGAAGUGAAAUAGAAGUCAAAGAAUUUUCUCAAUAAUUAAAUUCUGUGUUAAUAGAAAAUUCCAAAAGAAAAAAAGACUAAAUUAAGUAAAGCCAAAGAAAAGAAAAAAUUUAAGCAAAAUGGUACGACGAGGACGUUCUGCCAGCCCACCUCCUGCUACCAGAAGGAGUCCACCACCUUCAUAUCCUAGCUCAAAUGUACCGGCACGUGCUGCUCCUGCUCCUCCACCAGUACCCGUACAGCAACCAGCUGCUGCUAUUGGAGCCCCACAGCAACCAUCGAUGUUCCAGCAGAUGGCCGCUACCGCUGGUGGCGUCGCUGUAGGUUCCGCAGUUGGUCAUGCUGUAGGUCAUGGUCUUACCAGUAUGUUUAGCGGAUCUAGCGACAAAGAGGUUGCAGCUCCUGCUGCUGCUGCACCAGCGGCACCAGCUCAUCAGCAAUACUACGCUGGUGGCAGCGCUCAGCCUAAUGAACCUCAAGGACCUUGUGCCUGGGAAAUUAAACAGUUUCUACAAUGCGCUCAGGGCCAAUCUGAUUUAACUCUCUGCGAGGGCUUCAACGAAGCAUUAAGACAAUGCAAAGCCCAGCAUCAUUUGCAGUAAAGCAAUUUAUAAAUUAGUAGGCCCUGUUUGAGAACCGUUGUCUGUGACAUGUAAUUUUUUAUUUUUAUUGUCUUUCACAAUGUUUUUUUUUUUUUCUUUGUUUGAAAAAACUUCUUAUUUUUUGAGAUUGUCUUUAAAUGAUGCUUAAAAUAAUAUAAAAAAAAUUCCAACAUUCAAGUAAUAGUUUAGAUGUAAUAAACGCAUUGCUUAAAGAUAACAACAGUGGUAUCGACAUGAAAUGUAGACAAAACAACA